GGGUCACAGCCUGGUCACACCAUUGGCUGUCGUAAAGAAGGGAGACAUUGAUGGACAGCCGAUUUUUUGCAUAUAGAGCCAAACGCUCACAUCCAACGUCACCAAACUCCUCUUGCUACAUCGUCAUCGUCAUCCUUCUAGACAAUCUAGUGAACUUUUGCCACACACACACACGCACACGCAAAAGAAUACUGUACGUGUGUUUGAGUCAUCACGGCAACAGCCACUUCCUGUCCAUCGCUUGCAGACACCACCUGAGGCAGAAUGAGCCCCAAAGAUGUGGUUUUUAAGAAAAUCUGCAAGGACAAAUCGGUGGGCGUCUACAUGGGGAAGCGAGACUUUGUCGACCGUGUGGACUCCGUGGACCCAGUAGAUGGCAUCGUCCUCAUUGACCCGGAGGCACUACAGGGGAGGAAAGUGUUCGUCACUCUGUCCUGCAUUUUUCGCUACGGCCGCGACGACAUGGACGUGAUGGGCAUCGCGUUCUACAGGGAGCUGUACCUGUCCACUCGCCAGGUGUACCCGCCCCUGCAAGACCGCGAGCAGGGCAUCCACACCAGGACUCAAGCCAAACUGCUGCGUAAGCUGGGGGACAACGCCUACCCGUUUUUCUUUGAGUUUCCCGACAACCUGCCUUGCUCGGUGGCACUCCAGCCGGCCCCACAUGACGUGGGCAAGCAAUGUGCCGUGGAGUUUGAGAUCAAAGCGUUCAGUGCCGAGAGUCAGGACGCCAAAGUACGCAAACGGAGCUCCGUGAAGCUGAUGAUCAGGAAAGUCCAGUACGGUCCAGACAGCGAGGGAGCGGCGCCAUCUGUAGAAAUCACACAGGACUUUGUCAUGUCGGACAAGCCGCUGCAUGUGAGAGCCAGCCUGGACAAAGAGAUUUAUUACCACGGCGAGACCGUCAAAGUGCAUGUCAAUGUCACCAACAGCUCCACCAAAAACAUUAAGAACAUCAUCCUCUCUGUGGAUCAGGUUGCCACGGUGGUGUUGUACUCCAACGACAGCUACGUCAAAUGUGUCGCCAUCGAUGAAUCGGGGGACGCCGUGCCUGCGGGUGGGACGCUCCAAAAGGUCUACAAACUCCUCCCCCUGCUGGCCAACAACAGAGAGAGGCGGGGCAUUGCUCUGGAUGGAAAACUCAAGCACGAAGACACCAACUUGGCGUCAUCCAGCGUCAUCAAGCCGGGCGUCUUAAAGGAAGUUCUGGGAAUGAUGGUGUCCUAUAGAGUCAUGGUCAAGCUCAUCAUUGGAGGCUUGAUGGGGUCAAGUGAGGUGGAACUGGAGCUUCCCUUCAAACUCAUGCACCCAAAACCUGACACAGGUGAGCAAGGUGCUCCUCGUCACAGAAAACACAACUGUUACACGUUUACAAUUAAAAAUAUUCAUAUAAAACAGAAACGCAAAUUAAUUGUCCUCUUCUUUUUAUACCGUACUCUUAUCACCAGUCAAAGAGAGGUGAGUAUUUUCCACGUUAUUGAUUAGAUAGUUGUAUCACUCAAACAGAUAACACACAUAGACACAGAUUAUUGAAUAGAUAACUGGGUAUUGUAAUACUACAGGUUUACGUUUAUGCUAGCGAGCUAAUGCAAAAGUGCUAAUAGUUUGUGUGUGUGUGUGUGUGUGUGUGUGUGUGUGUGUGUGUGUGUGUGUGUGUGUGUGUGUGUGUGUGUGUGUGUGUGUAGUGAAAUGGAGGAAGAGAUGGUGUUCCAGGAGUUCAAGCGUUCUUACCUAAAAGGCAUGAUCUGUGACGAUGACGAUGAGGAAGGCAAUGUGUCAGGUGGCGACGACAUGGCGCCUAAAGAGAAGUGAGCGACGGCUAGCGAAAUAACAGCGCUAGCUAAUUUGAUCAACAUGAGGUUGUACUUGUAAGUAAGAAGUUUUCAUGGAGCCAUGCUACUUUAACUGCUAACUAGCGCAUAUAAAACUUGAUUCUAUACAUUUAUUUUAUCAAACAAAGCAAAAACUUGAUGACUAUCGACAUAUUAGUAAGGUUGACUAUCCGUGCUUCAGUUUGUAUUUGAUAUGACAGAAAGAAGCAUUUAAAUAAAGCACUUCUUUAACACAUA